AUGAGUCAACUUAUUCAGAACUUUGAAUACAUUGCUGCACACAUUAAAGAUUAUAUUGAUGAAAACAAGUUGUUUUCUACUUUCGAGAUACAAGACAUCAAAAAAAUCAUGAAAUUUACAACUCUAACAACAAAUGACUUCAUUACCCUUAUGAUUCAAUCUCAAUCUGAAAUUAAUGCAAACGAAUUAUAUACUUCCACUCGAAAAGCAAAUGUUUCUAUACAAAAUUAUGAAGAAGUCGUUUCAAUUUUGAAAUCACUCAAUAAAUACAUGAAACUUGGAAUCCUUGGUGGCGUUGUUGAUUUUUUAAUUCAAUUUCAAAAAGAUAUAUCUGAUUCAGACAUAAAAAUACAAAACCUUCAAAUAUAA